CCCUCUUCCCCCAUCCACCCCUUUCUGGUAUGCUGCGGUGCUGCUCAGCCCGGCUGUCAGUCGGUCUGGGAGCUCCCCUGAGUGGCUGUGGGCAGCCCAUUGCCUGGGCUUGGUCUCCGCCCUCCCCCGCGCUAGCUCUCUCAGCUGGCCCUAGCGUUCCAGUUGCUCAGGAAUGUGGCGAGCCGGGUUCCGGCUGCUAGCAGGAGCCGGAGGGAGGAAGGGAAGCUGAGCUCAUGCUGCCGCUGCCGCCUCUGCUCUGCCUGAUCUUCCCCUUUUGGAACAGUCGCUUUCUUUAAAUGAAAAAUACAAACCCUACCGAGCUGGUUCCCAGCCACCACCCAGGUGCCAGGCGCUGGUGAAUAACUAACCCCGGACUAAAACUUCCCUGCCAGUGGGAUUACAAGUGCUGCACUGCCGCAGGGAGCUCUCCAGGGUGCUGAAGUCCCGGCAGUUUCUCCCACAGCUCCCAAGACUGAACAAAUUUCCUUGGCACUCUUUCUGGAUCCUCCAUGACUCGGAAACGUCUGCUCUGGAGGUUGUGAGUGCCUCGGAGUAACAUGGCCAAGGUUAGAUACCUUCGUGCAGCUGUUUCGGGAUUUUAUCUCUGGGAAGCUGCAGUCCUGCUCAGUUUGGUAGUCACAAAGGAAACAGACAGUGCAAGAUCUCGUAGCAUGCCAAUGUCGCCAUCUGAUUUCCUGGAUAAAUUAAUGGGUCGGAUGUCAGGCUAUGAUGCAAGAAUCAGACCAAAUUUCAAAGGCCCUCCAGUUAAUGUCACAUGCAACAUAUUUAUAAACAGCUUUGGAUCCAUUGCAGAGACAACCAUGGAUUACCGAGUGAAUAUCUUUCUCCGUCAGAAUUGGAAUGAUCCACGCCUUGCAUAUAGUGAAUAUCCAGAUGACUCUUUGGAUUUAGAUCCAUCCAUGUUGGAUUCUAUUUGGAAACCUGAUUUGUUCUUUGCUAAUGAAAAAGGUGCCAACUUUCAUGAAGUUACAACAGACAACAAGUUGUUACGAAUUUUUAAAAAUGGAAAUGUUCUUUAUUCUAUCAGAUUGACUUUAAUACUGUCCUGUCCAAUGGAUCUCAAAAAUUUCCCAAUGGAUGUGCAAACGUGUAUAAUGCAGCUGGAAAGUUUUGGAUAUACAAUGAACGAUCUCAUUUUUGAAUGGCAAGAAAAGGGAGCUGUACAGGUAGCAGAAGGGCUCACCCUGCCACAGUUUCUGUUGAAAGAAGAGAAAGAUUUAUGUUAUUGCACCAAACAUUACAAUACAGGAAAGUUUACAUGCAUUGAAGUCCGAUUCCACCUUGAAAGGCAAAUGGGUUAUUAUCUCAUUCAAAUGUACAUACCGAGUCUCCUGAUUGUCAUUCUCUCCUGGGUGUCGUUUUGGAUCAAUAUGGAUGCAGCACCAGCCAGAGUGGCUUUAGGUAUAACAACUGUACUGACCAUGACAACACAAAGUUCAGGUUCACGAGCAUCACUUCCAAAGGUUUCAUAUGUCAAAGCUAUCGACAUUUGGAUGGCAGUAUGCCUGCUCUUUGUAUUUUCUGCACUUCUGGAGUAUGCAGCUGUAAAUUUUGUGUCAAGGCAGCAUAAAGAGCUUCUGAGAUUCCGCCGGAAGAGGAAGAAGAACAAGGACGAUGAGGUAAGGGAAAGUCGAUUCAGUUUUACAGCCUAUGGAGUGGGACCAUGUCUGCAAGGAAAAGAUGGAGUGACUCCAAAGGGGCCAAAUAAUCCUAUUCAAGCUGCACCAAAAAGCCUCGAUGAAAUGAGGAAGGUAUUCAUUGACCGAGCCAAGAAAAUCGAUACCAUUUCCAGAGCUUGCUUCCCAUUAGCCUUUCUGAUUUUCAACAUUUUUUAUUGGGUUAUCUAUAAAAUCAUUAGGCAUGAGGACAUUCACCAAUAACAAGAUUAAGGCUUCUAGUACAUACUGUUUGGGCUGGCAUGUUCAGCAGGAGGUUUUUCCAUUACAAAUGUGCAUACAGCUGCUUACUGGGAUAGUUAAAAGGCAUAAAGAAAGAGAUCCCAUUUGACUUGCUAUGCAGAGUCACUAUUGGACAGAUGAAGAAUGACACCCAGUGAAGGUAUAUCUGCUAUUACUAGGUUUCUACUUCAUACUAACUAAACAAUCAAUCAACUUUUUCAUAGUAAAAAACCACAACACUAUACUACAGCUUUACUGCCAAUGUGUUUAUAUAUACUUUUACAUUGUGGUAUAAUUGUACAGUAUUCUUUAAAGAUCCUUACAAUUUUUUAAUUCAGCUGUAUUUUUAAAAAAUAUUACAAAAUGGGUCUAACAUGUCUUAGAUGACUCCCAUAGUAACAGAUUAAAGGAGGGUUAGAAAUUUGAAUAUAAAGUUUACAAAUUAGUAAUGAACUACUGAUUUGAGUUUUAGAGCUCAAGCACAUUUUCUUGUUUUAGUGGGUUUUGUAAUGAGCACAGGAUACAUUUAAAUUAUAUUAUGGGGUUCUUUAAAAAAAAAAAUUUACUCAUACAAAGCACUUCAUAAAUGGAUUAUGGUUCCCCUGGAGCUUAAAAACAUGGCAAUGUAAUGCCCAAAGUAGCACCAAACAUCUAUUGCCCAGUCUGAAGCGACCCACUAGUCAAACUUUCUGGUAUUGUGCAUAUCACAAUGGGAACAAAGUACUGUUAACGGAUUGUUGCCCUUAAGUACUUUUAAUUACUCACAAUCACCCUUGGAUAAAUUGAAAGAGAAAAUAAAAAAUCAAAAGGAUUAAAAUGUUUCUCUCAUCAGGUAAUUGUUCAGAAACCAGUAUUUGUGGAGACAAGGCAGACAAUUAAAAAUGACAUCAAGAUAAGUUUCUGUGAAAAGUGACAUUAAAAACAAAACAAAAAGGAUGUCACUUAGACUAUACCUAUGAUAAAAGUAACUUUUAUGAACUUUUUUGAAGCUGACUGUGGCAACAUUUCUGCACAGCUAUUUCCAUUAUCAUCAGUGAAAGUUUGAUAUACAAUUACAUAAAGAUAACCAGGUCAGUCUUUUUUUGAAUGAUUUGUUUGAUGAGAAGAUUCUGACAUGACUUCUUAGACACUAGCAGAAAAUAGUCUGUAUCUUAGAAAACACUAAGCAGUUCUAAAAAUAUAUCAGGACAAUCUUUUAUUUUUACUGCACUUCAUGAUAAAAGAUACCUGCUGGAGCAAAUUUUCCCUACUUAGAAUUACAUAGAUCACAUUCAUUGCUUCUUUCAAAUUAUUACACAAUAGAUUUUAUAUCAUUUAAAAAAUAACUUCCAGUAAAUAAUGUUGCCACUUCUCUAAUGAAAAGCAAAAAAAAUUGUUCUAAAAUGUGGAAACCUAUAGACAGCUAUAGGCAAGAGCAUACCUGACGCUUUGAACUUGUAAUGAAAUCCAAUAGCCAAGACAAUUUAUUAUUGAAAAGUUUUUGUUUUGAGCACAUUUAAAAUUUUGGGUUUGUUACAGCUCAAAGUGCAUACACAAAAGCAAAACAACUGGAGGCAAACAUCUGCUGCAUUACUAGAGGCAUAUUGCAUAUGAACUAGUCAUAGCAACAUAUCCUUGCAUUGAAGAUUAGAACACAACAUUUGUUUUGUUUGAGGAUUAACUAGGGGGAUUUUUAAAAGAAUGGCAAUCUGGUUGUGCUAGAUUGUCUCAGAAAACAAUUGCAUAACUCUUCAAUUUUGAAUAUGCUCCUAUUUAGGUUUUCUCCCUCCCACCCCCAGUAAUGCAUAACAUUGAUUUGUAGCAAUUGUUUAGGGAUAUGUGAUAUAACUUUCACAAAUAUAUUUAUAUAUCCUGUCCAGAAAAACUGAACUCAUUAACUCUCAUGUGUGUGUUAUAUACACAAGAGUGAGAAGCUGGCCAAGUGGCUUUUGUCUCCUGCAAACUAUUAAAUACUAUAAAUCUCUGGAAAGAUUUGUUGGUGCAUUUCUGUGCCCAUUGUAUUCAGUGGUAAAGUGUCCCAUUUAUUUCAAGAGGAGUAGGAUUGGGCCCAUUAUCAUGAGGCAUUCAUAAAAUGUUAUACAAUUCUCCAUGCUUGUCUUUUGUUCUUUUCUCUUUCUUAUUUAAAACAAUGAUCUUCCCUUCCAACACCAAUAAAGGAACUCUGCAUGAAUCAGUAUAUAAAGUGUACUAGGCCAGAUCCUGAGCUGGAAUAAAUACAGUCCCUAGAGCUACACCAGUUUACACCAGCUGAGGAUCUCACUCAGACUUUCCAAAGAAGUCCAAUAGGCUGAAUAUUAUGCAUACACAAGUUGGUUUUGAAGACACUUGAACAGAGCCGAAUAAUACAAUUACAAAGUUAAACAUUCAAUAGUGGGAAAAUACUAAGAUUUAGAAAAGAGGUUAUUAGAUGGGAAAAAAAAGACAAAGUCUUAAGAGCAAGAUAGAAAAUGGAAUAGGCACUAACAGUGGCAAAAUUGUGUGGCGGGACAGAGAAAAGUAGAGAAGAGCCAGAUAAAAUCAAUAACUCUCCAUGAACACCCUCCUCCUCCCCCUUGUGUGACAGGGAGAAAGAGGGGGAGGAGAAUCAGUGUAGCAUACUAUUUCUGCAACUACUGUAUAGUAAUCACAUUAGCAACUACAGUAUAUACAUUGUAAACCCAUAAACCUUCAGUUUGAUUGCUUUUCAGACAUCCCUAAUGGAUUAAAAUGAUGUACAUUUAAUAUGUGACAACAGGCAGUGUAUUACAUUGAUACUAAUGGGAGCCAUGUAUUGAAGGGAGUAUAUUAUAUACUCCUGUAGAGGAUUGCAAAGUAUUUCUAAGUGUAUAUAUUUAUAGUUCUGUAUGUUCCUUUUUUUAAAAAAAAGAGAAAUCUGUUAUUGGAUCAUUUCUGGAAUGUCUUUGCUUUAGUAACAGUACUAAGAACAGAAAUGGUUGAGACAGAAGGGACAAGCUACAGUGAUUUAUUUUGUAACUACUUAAACAAUCAUCCAGCAAGUUGUGAUUUUUUUUAAGUUAACUACUUGGAGUGCAGUCUUGCCCCACUGAAUUCAAUGGGGUCAAGAUUUCUCCCCCAGAAGACAACUCCACAUUUUUUAUGAGAUCCUUAUGGUAACAAUUGCCUAUACAGAGCCUUAUCAAUCAGCUAAGAAACAUUUAUUUCAGCAAAAGGCACUGUAGCCAGUCAGCAGUUUGCAGCUUAAACUUUAUUCAAAGUAUUCAUAUUCCAUUGAAUAUAAAAAAAAUCAUAAGAUGACAGAAUUGUUAAGUAAGAUUUUAAGUUGUCUCAUGUCACAAAAUACCAGCUACCCAUUAGUGCCUAUGGAAAAAGAGUCCAAAAUACCAGCAGACAUGCCAACCAACCACACAGAUCCAGGAAUGAUCUCUCAGUGCCAGGGGCUCAUCUGCUAGGAAGAUCUUAGUCUUAAAACAGAUUCUCUUUAGAUCAUAGAAUGCCAGGGUGGACUAUAUAGAGGGAGUGACAAAACAUCACAACACACCUACCCUACACCUAUGUUAGUUAAACCAACGUUGGAAGAAACUGUAAAUGUUAUGGAAGAGAUUGGGAUAUUUAUGCCACAGGUGUGGGUAGAGGGCAGUACAGAGACUCAGAGGAAGAGAAGUGAGGAGGUUCCUGCUGAGUUCUAACAAACUGUUUUCCUAUGCACAAAAAUGUUCAUGAUUUCAAAAUUAUGUUCUGAUUUGGAACAGAAAACAGUUAAAUAUUGAAAAGUGUUCAAGAACCAAAAAUCCCCCCCAGUAAAAUUAAAAAAAUCAGUUCAGGUCAGCUGAAAUAUUUUGAUGAUUUCAAGACGUUUUGUUUAAACAUUUAAAAACUAUAAUUAGUUGAAAGGAAAAAUCCCAGUGUUCCCAUUUGAAAUUACUUUUUUCAUUCUUAAAGUUUAAAUGUUUCAUUUUGAUAUAUUUCAAGAAAAAAAUUCUGAUGUUUUUCCAAGUUGAGAAACUGACCCUUUCCCAUGAAAAGUUUCAGCUUUGAUGAAUCAGCACUUUCAGGCCAAAAAAAUAAAGAAGUUUCAUUGAAAAAUUCCCCAACCAGCCCUACUUAUUAUGCCUCAGGCAAAGCUUCUCCUUGCCCCAGAGAUGUUAAUCUGCUGCCCUCAAUGCACUGGUUGUAGUGUCCCUGUGCCCUCCAGAGUGCCGGGACUGCUGAUGUAAGAGGCCUUUUGUUAACCACUCAAGAAAAGCAGGCUCCUUGCCCACGUAAAGCCCUGUGUCUUCCACACUGUUUGCAAGUCAGCUUGUGUACUCCUGCUUUCUGUGGUUGUGCCAUGUAACAAAGUUGGAGGACCAAAGUAAUGCAUUAAGACUAGAGAAAUAAUUUGGGGCCCAAUGUGCCAUACUAGUUACACAAGUAGAAAGAAAUCCAUUCUCAUAGAACUAGUGCAGGCAUAAUGGAAAAGGAAGCUGUGAUCAUGUGGCAUGCUCCUCAUGUUCCACAGUGCCACAGGAUCUCCUCCAUGCAUUUGGAGUGCAAUGUGUCUGGGGCAAAUUGCUGACCUUAGAAUAGGUGCUGUACGCUACAGUCACCUUUUAAAUGGCAGAUUCCCAUGAGGAAGUAAAAGAAUUUAUGCUGCUUAGACCAGCAUUAACUCCCCUUUCAUGCCUUCUUCCUCCCUCAGAGGAAGAGGGAUAAGGCAGAAGUGAAGGAAGAGGAGCCUGUGGCUGCAUGGCUCAGGAGCACUAAGCCAAAGGGUGGGGAAGGACAGAAAGCAAUGUGGCAGAAGUACCUUGCUCCUUAGUGGUUGCCCCAAGAUGAACAAUCUUGGAACCUGCUUUCUUCAGGGGUUUGAAGACUGGAGUUUCCAGACCACACCACCUGUUAAAACCCUCCAUUCUUGAGAGAAAACAAGAGGAAGUGCCAUAAGAACUGUGUAUCAUAUUGUAUUCAAACAGCUACAGGCCUCCUCAUUUUUUAGCAGCUAACUCAUAGUUAAGGUGCUAACUGAAUCACAAGAUGAUCUUCAAAAUAAUUGCCACUGAGUUGUGGACAAGAUGUGAAAAAGUAAUAAUGGACCUCUAUGAAUACUGAUAAUUUGGAAAAGCCAGAUUAGAUCUAUUUAAGAAAAAAAUUGCUGGAACAAUAUAAAACACUCAAGUAUUAUAUUAUGGCAGCUAUUUUUUUAAAUAUACUACCAGACAUUUUGCUGUAACUAUAUUAUAUUCAUUUAAAAAGUGACCCAUACAAUAUAAAAUUCAGAAGACUAAAAGUCUUACAACUGCUGUAGAAAUCAAGUCCAAUCACUUUAGCCUUUUACAUUUUAUAGGCAUUGAAUGUUAGUGCAGCGCUAAUUACAUACUCAAAAUGUAUACAAAAUUGUGAACUGCAAAGUAAGCUAAUUAAAAUGAAAAUUGCAGUGAAAGCCUAGUAUUGCAGGAUCUGCCAUAUCGCGAAGGAUGUGGGGCCUUACUCAGUUAAAUUCCUCAGUGUAGCAGCUUAGAAUAUGGUUAAAUGCCACCACACCUUGGCACAAAUUAAACCUACACAAAGCAAACCUCAUGUUGGUUUUAAUAAUUGCUUCCAAUAAGAAAACAUUAGUGUUCAUUGUUUCCUGAUGUUUCUAAGAUGAUGGGGGCCAAAAGAAGAAAAUAUAGUUCUUUUUAUUUAUAAGUUACCUAUUCAAGGGCAUAUUUAAACUAACUCAUUGCUUUCACCAUAUUGUAGCUUCAAGGAACCUUGACAGCAGGCA